AUGGGGGUGGCUUUAGCAGCCUUGACAACUGCUCUUCAGCCUGGAAGUUUCUUAUACUCUCUAGGGAAAAAGCCGCCAGUGGAUAUGGGGGAGCUGAUGGCUCGAGCACAGAAAUACAUCAACCUGGAGGAGAUGAUGGACAUAAGAGGAAGUCGCAUAGAACAGAAAAGGAAAAGUAGUAGCAGGGAGAUAGGAGAAUCCUAUAGAUCCGUGAAAAGACAAGAGACUAGUACACUACACGCAAGCCUAAAGAUAAGAGGGCAACCUAGUAAGUUCUCCACCUACACACCCUUAAAUGUACCACGCUCUGAAUUACUGAUGCAUAUUAGAAAGAAUGACUAUGUCUUGUGGCCCAAACCCAUGCAAACACCUCUUCACAAGCGAAACAUGUCCAAGUUCUGCGCAUUCCAUAGGGAUCAUAGCCAUUAUACAAAGGAAUGCAUCCAAUUGAAGAAAGAAAUCGAAGCCCUAAUAAAAAGGGGAUACCUGUCAAAGUUUAUAAAGAAAAAAGAUCCACAAAGGGAACCUCUUGAGCAGAGGAGGCCCAACGUAAAAGAGAAGGAAGAGCAGGUUGUAGGGGAAAUUGCGGUGAUCUUUGGAGGAUCUGCUAGCGGAGGAGAUAGUGGGGGUUCUAGCAAAAGAUAUGCUAAAAAGGUGCUCUCGAUGGAGAAGGGGGAAACAAGUAGCAAAUGA